AUGGGGCCUAUUUACGUCGGUCCACCGAGCGAAUCACGCUGGAAAUCUAAUGCGGAAAGGUUCAACGCAUCCUGGCAAUUUCCAAACUGCAUUGGUGCGGCCGACGGUAAGCACGUGGUUAUCAAGAAACCAAAGAAUGGCGGCAGUCAGUAUAUCAACUACAAAGGGACACAUUCAAUCGUACUUAUGGCUGUGGCGGGUCCCGAUUAUGAAUUUUCAUACGUGGAUAUAGGCGGCUAUGGUCGGCAAAGUGAUGGUGGAACAUGGGGCAAGUGCGCUUUGGGAAAAGCGGUGGAAGAUGGGACGCUAGUAAUGCCCAAGCCCGAGCGCCCAUUAUUAUGCGAGCACCUGUUGCCGCACGUAUUUGUCGCAGACGCUGCGUUCCCGAUAUCGGUCCACCUGAUGCGUCCCUACCCCGAUAGAAAACUAUCAAGAGCCGCACGAAUUUUUAAUUACAGACUGUCCCGGGCGCGGCGCGUCGUAGAAAACGCGUUUGGCAUUCUCGCUUCGAAAUGGCGUAUUUUUCAAAGGCCAAUGGAUUUCCAGCCAGCACAAGUCGUUCUAACCGUCAAGCAAGUCGGCCUAUGUGAUGCCUACUCUUAUUGA